AUGUGGUCCCUCCGGGCCGCCGUCCGCGCGGGCCUCCGGCUCUCUAGCCGCGGCCGCUCCGGUGUCAGGGCCGCGCCGCCCGGCCAGUUGCUCAGGCUCGUCGCCUUCGGCCCCGGAGUGCUGGGCCCGGAGAGGCAAGGGCGCGGACGAUGGGGCCCGCGGUCGGACGAGCGGAAAGCCCGAGCCCGGGACGAGGAGCCGGAAGAUGCGGACCCCGAGGGGGAGGAAGAGGAGGAGGAGGCGGUGCUGCCGCGCAGGGAGCCUCUGCUGCCCGCGGGUGUCCAGCGCGUGUGCCUGCUCCACCCCGAGGUCAAGGGGGGCGCGCGGAAACCGCCGGCGACCCGAGCCGAGUGGCAGGUUGCGGAGGCCAGGUCGCUGGUGCACACGCUAGACGGAUGGUCCGUGGUGGAGACCGUGGUGGUGCCCACCAAGACACCCGACAGCAAGCUGGUUUUCAGCCAGGGAAACUUUGAGCACCUGACAGAGAAAAUCCGAGGAUCUCCGGAAAUCACGUCCGUCUUUCUGAACGUGGAGAGGAUGGGCCCCCUCACAAAGAAGGAGCUCGAGGCGGCCUGGGGUGUGCAGGUGUUUGACCGCUUCACCAUUGCGCUACACAUCUUCCGUUGCCACGCCCGCACCAAGGAGGCCCGGCUGCAGGUUGCGCUGGCUGAGAUCCCCCUUCUCAGGUCCAACCUGAAGAAUGAUGACACUCACCUGGACCGACAGCAUGGGGGUUCUCGCUACAUCAUGGGGUCAGGAGAAACUUUUUUGGAAGUGCAGCAGCGUCUCUUAAAAGAAAAGGAGAUAAAAAUCAAGAAGGCGCUGGAGAAACUCAGGAAGAAAAGACACCUCCUACGGAGGCAGCGCCAGAGACGAGAGCUCCCCCUGAUCGCGGUCGUGGGCUACACAAACUGCGGGAAAACCACCCUGAUCAAGGCACUGACCGGGGAUGCCACCAUGCAGCCUCAGGACCAGCUGUUCGCCACGCUGGACAUCACGGCUCACGCGGGCUCCCUGCCCUCACGCAUGACCGUGCUCUACAUGGACACUAUCGGCUUCCUCUCCCAGCUGCCCCAUGCACUCAUUGAGUCCUUUGGGGCCACUCUGGAGGACGUGGCCCAUGCGGACCUGAUCAUCCACGUACGAGAUGUCAGCCACCCCGACACGGAGCUGCAGAAAGCCAGCGUCCUGUCCGCGCUGCACAGCCUGCACCUGCCCACCCCGCUGCUGGGCUCGGUGGUGGAGGUGCACAACAAGGUGGACCUGGUGCACGGGUACAGCCCCAUGGACCCUGGUUCGCUGGCUGUGUCCGCCCUCCUGGGGUGGGGGCUGGAGGAGCUGAAGGCGGAGCUGGAAGCCGCUGUCUUGAGGGCUACAGGGAGGCAGGUCCUCACCCUCCGAGUGCAGCUGGCAGGGGAUCAGCUGAGCUGGUUGCACCGGGAGGCCACCGUGCAGGCUGUGGACGUGAUCCCCGAGGAUGGGGCGGCUGACGUGACCGUCAUCAUGACCAACAGUGCCUAUGGAAAAUUCCGGAAGCUUUUUCCAGAAUAAGACACCGCAGCCUGUGGGGUUGUUUGGUUUGAACAUGUGAGAUGGAGCAGGACGGCCGCUUGUCCCACUCACCCCCCCCAGCUCCCCCCAGUGUAUUUGCUGCUGAGUGAGCCUGACGUGCCAAUGUGUUCACACUGAGGUGGGCCGGUCACACCAAGGUGGGCUGUUCACCCCGAGGCGGGCCGGCCACAAACCAAGCAGCUGCCAUGGAAUCGAUGCCAACUUACGAUGACCCCGCGUGUGUCAGAGUAGAGCUGGGCUCCACAGAGUUUGCAGUGGCUGGUUUUGCAGAAGUAGAUUGCCAAGCCUUCUGAGGCAUCUCUGGGUGGACUCGAACCUCCAGCCUUCUGAUUAGCAGCCAAGUGCUUAACCAUCUGCGCUACCCAGGGAUUUCCCGCCAACCUCGGGACCUGCUAAUUCUAGAUUAUUCCACGUCGAGAGCCCACAAGUCGUACGAAUUAGUUUUCUCUCUGGAACAAUUGUUAACGAGACUUUAAGUGCUGUCUGGCUUUGUUCUUCUCUCCGUGAACCAGGGUUUCUGGUCCUGCCAGCUUGUCACUCCUCGGCUCGGCACAGCAACCUUGGUGACUGUCUCCGGCCGAGCGUGCGUUAGAGACGCCGCCAACUGCCACGCUUAGCUUUCCUCCAGUGGAAAGAUCAUUAAAAGUAAGGCCUGUCGACCCUGAAAUUCCUCUCCACAAAGGCAGAAGACCCCGACUCACGGCGCCCCCGGCGUGUGUCAGAGUAGAGCUGUGCUCCAUAGGAUUUUCAGUGGCUGAGUUUUCUGAAGUGAAUUGCCAGGCCUUUGUUCAGAGACACCUCUGGGUAGACUGGAGCCUCCAGCCUUUUGGUUACCAUUUGGGAAUAACAGAAAACAGACCUCUGCCUCUCUCCUGAGCACCAAAUGGAGUGUGUGGACUUCCUGAAAGUGGACAGAGGCUCUAUUUUUCAGGGCUCACUUGUACUUGCAGCUCCCGCAGUGCCUGCUCACCACCCUCUCCUGAAGCCCAACUUUCCUAACCCUUCGUCCUGCGCAGACUCAAUUUUGGAAGAUGUGGCGGACUGAAAAUAGCCCCCAAAGAUGCCCACGUCCUAACCCCCGGGAUCCGUGAACAUGGUACCUCACAGGCCAAGGGGACUGUGCAGGCGUGACUGAUGUAAGAAUCUGGAGAUGGGGACAUUGUCUCGGGUGGCCUGGGUUGGCCCCCAGAGCAAUGACAAGUGUCCUUCUGUGGGGGAGGCAGGAGGGUCUGACUCAUAGCAACCCCGUGUGACAGAGCAGAACUGCCCCAUAGGGCCUAGGCUGUAAUUCUCAUGGGAGCAGAUCUCCAAGUCCUGCAGAGCUGCUGCGUAGGUUGGGACCACCAUCUUUCAAAUGGCAGCUGAGCACUCAACUGUUGCACCACCAGGGCUCCUUGGGCAAUCUCUAGAAACAGGAAAAGGGAUUCUGUCCCUGGAAACUUCAGAAGGAAGCAGCCCUGCCACACCUUGAUUUUAGUCAAUAAAGCCCGUUCUGGCCUCAGAA